AUGGAGCUGCUGAGGCUGAACCGGAGCGUGCCGGGACCCGGACCUGGGUCGGGGGCUUCUCUGUGCCGCCCAGGGGGCCUCCUCCUCAACGGCAGCAGUGCCAGCAACCUCAGCUGCGAGUCCCCACGCAUCCGCGGAGCCGGGACACGAGAAUUGGAGCUGGCCAUUAGAAUCACCCUUUAUGUCGUGAUCUUUCUGAUGAGCGUUGGAGGAAAUGUGCUAAUCAUCGUGGUCCUGGGGCUUAGCCGGCGCCUGCGGACGGUCACCAAUGCCUUCCUGCUCUCUCUCGCAGUCAGCGACCUCCUGCUGGCUGUGGCUUGCAUGCCCUUCACCCUCCUGCCCAAUCUCAUGGGCACAUUCAUCUUUGGCACAGUCGUCUGCAAGGCAGUUUCCUACCUCAUGGGGGUAUCUGUGAGUGUGUCCACACUAAGCCUCGUGGCCAUCGCCCUGGAACGGUACAGCGCCAUCUGUCGGCCACUGCAGGCGCGUGUAUGGCAGACGCGCUCCCACGCGGCUCGCGUGAUUGUAGCCACAUGGUUGCUGUCCGGGCUGCUCAUGGUGCCCUACCCCGUGUACACCGCCGUGCAGCCAGCAGGGCCCCGUGUGCUACAGUGUGUGCAUCGCUGGCCCAGUGCGCGCGUCCGCCAGACCUGGUCGGUGCUGCUGCUCCUGCUCUUGUUCUUCGUCCCGGGUGUGGUUAUGGCUGUGGCCUACGGGCUAAUCUCCCGCGAGCUCUACCUGGGGCUUCGCUUUGACGGUGACAGUGACAGCGACAGCCAGAGCCGGGUCCGAAGCCAAGGAGGGCUGCAGGAUCCAGCCCAACGGAACGGACAUUGCCGGAUCGAGACUGGGCUGGCUGGCGAGGACGGCGAUGGCUGCUACGUGCAGCUUCCACGCUCCCGGCCUGCACUGGAGCUGUCGGCGCUGACGGCGCCCACUUCUGGGCCAGGACACGGCCCCCAGCCGGUCCAGGCAAAGUUGUUGGCCAAGAAGCGAGUGGUGCGAAUGUUGCUGGUGAUCGUUGUGCUUUUUUUCCUGUGUUGGCUGCCAGUGUACAGUGCCAACACGUGGCGCGCCUUCGAUGGUCCUGGUGCGCACCGCGCACUCUCGGGUGCACCGAUCUCCUUCAUCCACUUGCUGAGCUAUGCCUCCGCCUGUGUCAAUCCCCUGGUCUACUGCUUCAUGCACCGUCGCUUUCGUCAAGCCUGCCUCGAAACUUGCUCCCGCUGCUGGCCCCGCCCUCCACGAGCUCGCCCCAGGCCUCUCCCAGACGAGGACCCUCCCACCCCUUCCAUUGCUUCGCUCUCCAGGCUGAGCUACACCACCAUCAGCACUCUGGGGCCGGGCUGA